AUGCAGCGCAGCAGCAGUCUGCUGCGCUGCUGCUGCUGCUGCACUGUCGAGCAGCAGGAUGGAUCUCCAUUGUGUGUAAAGUGCUGCGGCAGCAGCAACAGCAGCAGCAUCAGUAGCAGCAACAGCAGCAGCAGCCGCUGUCGCCGGGGUCGUCCGCAGCAGAGGCAGCAACAGGUUUUGCUGCUGUUACUGCUGCUGCUGCUGUUGCUGUUGCUGCUGCCUCCUGUUGCAGUAAAGGGGUAUCGUUUAGCUGCUCGUACACUCCAGCAGCCUAUAACGCCAAAGUACUUCGCCCUUUCUGCUGCCUCUAGGGGGCCCCGGCAGCAGCAGCAGCAGCAGCAGCAGCAGCAGCAUGAAAGAGUCCAGCAGCAGCAGCAGCACCAGUAUACAAACGUUUUGUUGCUCGAAAGCUCAUCAGGGAUUGCUGCUGCCUCUGCUGCUGCUGCCUCUGCUGCUAGCCCUCCAGAACCAUGCGGCGGCAGCACCAGCAGCAGCAGCAGCAGCCGCUGCAGCAGCAACAGCAGCUGCACCGUACUCCGCAGUGCGAGUAUUUCAGUGCCUGAGGUGGAGCCCGACGAUGCAUGGGAAGGGGACCAGCAGCUGCUGCAGCAACAGCUGAAGCAGCAGCAGCAGCAGCAGCAGCAGCAGCAGCAGUGGGGGGACGACGAGGGUUUUGUCUCUGUCCGAUCUGAGGAUUCCCCUACUCGCAUUUGGAGUUCUUAUGAAGCAGAACUGCAGCAGCAGCAGCAGCAGCAGCAGCAGCAACCUCUACUGCAGCGAGGUUCCUCUAGCCAAUUCUACCCCCGGCGACAGCAGCAGCAGCGGCAGCAGCAGCAGCGGCAGAAGCGGCAGCAGCAGCAGCAGCAGCAGCAGGGGCAAAAUGAGUCUCGGGGUUCAGGCGAUUUGCUGCAUGCGGUGGAGCAGCAAGGCACUUCUUUGGGGCCUCGCGGUGCUGCUGGAGCGUUGAGGAGUAUCAGCCGUUUGCGGCUGCUGCCGCAGCAGCCGCUGCUGCAGGCGCUGCUGUCUCCCCUUAUAGGCAGCAGCAGCAGCAGCAGCAGCAACAACAGCAGCAGCAGCAGCAGCUGGGGAGCGGGAAGGAACAGGUGGAACUUGACGGCUGAAAGCUUAGUUUCUCUGUGGCGAGCAGCAGACGACAUGCCUGUCCUGCAGCGGCAGCAGCCGCUGAUGCAACAGCUAAUCGAGGACACAACGGAGCGGCUUAACCAGGCAGCAGCAGCAGCAGCGGCCGCAGCAGCAGCAGGAGAAGCAGCAGCAGCUGCUGCUGCUGGAGACGUUGAAGAACUGCUGCCGCAGCACGCGGUGUCCGUCGGCCGCUGCGCUGCUCGCAUGCGGCUGGGAUGUACGUACACCUCGUUAACUAAGGCCCUCAGCAAGUAUGUCUGCACAUACCUGGCUGUUGAUACACCGCUGCAGCAGCAGAAGCAGCAGCAGAAGCAGCAGCAGCAGCAGCAGCACAGAGCAACGCGCAGGGACAGGUUCCUCGCCUUGUCAAAGUGUCUCUUCGCGAUUGCUCGGCUAGAGCAGCAGCAACAGCAGCAGCAGCAAGAGCAGCACAAACAGCAGCAGAACGAGGAAAGGCAUUGCGUAUUUGCUUCCGAGGAUCUGCAGAAGCUGCUGCUCUUAGCUGCAGCAGACGUCAAGCUGCUGCAGCCGCAGGAAAUGCCCCUGUUGCUUGCUGCAGUAAACUGCUUGCUGCAGCAGCAGCAGAAAGGACUUAGCAGCGCCGAAGCAGCAGCGGUAGCAACAUCUGCUGCUCCACCGUCUCUCCAGGCAGCAGCAGCAGCGUUUGCUGCUGGCUGCCGCGCUGCUGUGCUGCAGCAGCUGCAGCAGCAAAAUAUCAACAAGGGGGAGACAGCUCUUCAGCUGCUGCUGCAUCUUCACGUCUUGCAUGCGCGUUGCGGUUUGCUGCCCACGGGCUCUGCUGCUGAUCCUGCUGCUGCUGCUGCUGAUCCUGAUACUGCUGCUUCUGCAGAAUGGCUAGACGUUGCUGCAGCUCUUGCUGCUGCUGCGGAGGCCUUGGUGUUAGGGAAGCGCUCAGAGACAGCUGCUGCUGCAGCAGCAGCGAGAGACACACGGGGGUCUCCCCAGGGAGCUGCAGCAGCAGCAGCAGCAGAGGCAGCUGCUCUCGAUCGUUUGCUGCAACAGCAGGGUGUAGCCAUGCAGCAGGACAUUGUUGCUGCUGCGCCGUUGCUGCUGCAGCAUUACAGUAGGGACUCAGCAGCAGCAGCUGCUGCUGCUUCCAAGCUGCGAGCAGCAAGCGCAGCAAAUGCUGUCGAGGGAACAUUUGCUGCUGCUGCACGGCAGCAGGGAAAAGAACUCUAUCGAGCUAUUGUUGCUGCUGAGUCUGCUGAAGAGGUGCUGCAGCUCGUCGCAGCAGCAGCAAAGCGGGGCCGGGAGCAGCAGCAGCAGCAGCAGGAGCAGCAGCAGCAGGGUGUUGGCGAGUCUGGAGGAGGAGCAGAGGGCGAGGGAACAGGAGGAACUGCUGCUGCUGAUGAUGGAGAAGCAGCAGCAACAGCAGCAGCAGCAACAGCAACAGCAGCAGCAGCAGCAGCAACAGCAACAGCAGCAGCAGAUGGGGAUGUACCGCCCGGCUUGGACGGUCAAACCAUAACGGCAGCACUGCACCAAAUAGCCCUGUACUCGCAGCAGCAGCAGCAGCAGCAGCAGCAGCAAGGGCGGUUGCUGCUGCUGCUGGACGAAAGGAUGCUGCUGCUGCUGCAUGCAGCAGCAACACACAUCCCUAGAGCUGACGGCAGCAUCACUCGCAUUUCGUGGGCGCUGCAGCGGAUCGGGUUAUUGGGGCGUCUCCCUGUGCUGCUGCAGCAGCUGAAGGUGCAGCAGCAGCAGCAACAGCAGCUGGUGUCUCUCUUGAACCGUCUGCAAAAGAAUUUGCUGCUGCGGCUGCAGCAGCUCUGCGAGCAGCAGCAGCUGCUGCCGCAGCAGCUUGCUGCUGUACUCCGGGUGCUUGCUUUACUGACAGAAGAAGGGGACGCAGCAACAGAAGCAGCAGCUACAGCAGCAGCAGCACCAGGAACAAUCGGCGUCGAGCAGGAACAGCAAGCAGCAGGGGGUGCUGCUGCAGCAGAUGCAGGCUUAGCAGCAGCAACACGGAGCCCGCGUCUUGCUGCUGCUAUAUGCGGCGCACUGCUGCAGCAGGUGCAGCAACUGCAAGCAGCAGAAGCUUCAUCUGUGCUGCUGGCCUUAGCAAAGUUAAGGUGGUUGGUGCUGCCAACCGCGCAGCAGCAGCAGCAGCAGCAGCAGCAGCAGCAGCAGCAGCAGCAGCAGGUGCCACUGCAGCGGCUCAUUCGAGAGCAGCUUCUCCCUGUGCUGCUGCAGCGCAUGCAGCAGCUGCUGCCCGUGUGCAAUACGCAGAGUAUUGCUGCUGCUCUGUGGGGCGUUGCAGUGCUGCAGCAGCAGCACGAGCUGCUGCAACAGGAGCAGCAGCAGGAGGAGCCGCUGCAGCAGAAGCAGCAACAGGAGUUGCUGCAGCAGAAGCAGCAGCAGCUGGGGGUACUGCAGCAGCAGCACCAGCAACAUCAACAACAGACCCACUCCGACGCUGCUGCUGCUGCCUCCGUUCAAGCCUCAGUAGCUAACUUCGUUGCUGCUGCAACACAGCAGCUGCAGCAGCAGCGGCUAGUCCCUAGAGAAGGAGCUCGGUGCCUCACGCUGCUGGUGCAGGCUUUUGCGCAGCUGGCGCCGCUGCUGCUGCAGCAGCAGCAGCAGCAGCAUUCUCUUCAGCAGCAUCAGAUGCUGCUGCUCGAGGUCGUGCAGACGGCAAUAAAACGCGUUUCUGCUGGCGAAGCUGUUGCAGUGCAGCAAGCCGGGCAGCAGCAGCAGCAAAGGCAGCAGCAGCAGCAGCAGCAGCACCGGCGUGUUGUUAUUGAUCUACUGGAUUCGGUGUUGCAGCUGCUGGCUCGUUUGACGCAACUGUACGUGCAGCCUCGAGCAGCAGUAGGUGCUGCUGCUGCUGCUGCUGCUGGCGCAUCGAAUGCUGUUGCUGUACAUCAGCAGCCAGCUGAUGCUUUUGCUGCUGCUGCAGCAGAAGCAGCAAAUGCCGCUUGGUUUGAGGGAUUGUGCGGGGCGCUGCAGGAAGCAGCAGCAGCAGUGAUAGAAGCUGUUACGCAGGAGCCGGCGCCGCAGCAAGAGCAGCAGCAAGAGCAGCAGCAGCAAGGGCAGCAGAAGCAGCAACAGGAAGAAGCGCAGCAGCAGGAGCCUGAAUUUCUUUCCUAUCGGGUUGCCAGCAGGCUGCUGCAGUCUGUGCUGUCUGCUGCUGCUGCACUGCCGCACGCCUCAGGUGUAGAUACACCCAACAGCGUCGAAGGCUUCAAUGCAGCAGCAGCGCUGCGGUUGCUGCUGCAGGCAGCUGAGCAGCUGCGGAGAACAUCCAUAAGACAGCUUGCAGCAGCAGCAAAAGAGGAAGCAGCAGCUGCUGCUGUUUUAACAGAAGCAGCAAAGGCAGAAGCACCCAAGACAGAUCGUGCUAUGGCUGCUGCUGCUGCUGCUGCUGCUGCCUAUACACCCCAAAGGCAGCAGUUGGUGAAAACUGCUCUGCUGGCACUAAGUGCAGCACGCCGCCUUGAUGGGUUGCAGCAGCAGCAGCAGCAACUUCAAGCGAGGUCAGCAGCAGGAGGAGCAGCAGCAGCACCAGAAGAGCUGCACUCCCCAGCACCUGUCCCCACAGCAGCAGAAGCAGCAUCAGCUGCAGCAGCAGCAAUCCAGAAGGGCUCUCUGGCCUUAGAACUCGUCAUGCAUUUGCUGCAGUUCGUGCCUCAUACCUCCACUGAGGUGCUGCUGCUGCUGCUGCCAGAAGCGCAUCGCCUUGUGCAGCAGCUGCAGCUGUCCGCUCAGUUUCUGCAGCAGCAGCAGCAGCAGCAGACGCAGCAAAACCCUGCAGAUCAGCACCUUAUCCAAAGCUUUAAGACCUCCCAGAGAGGUCGAUAUGCUGCUGCUGCUGUUGCUGCUGUUGCUGCUGUCUCGCGUCGCCCUGCGGCUUCGCGGUCUCGUGGAGCGGCAGCAGCAGCGGCUGCUGCAGCAGCUGCGGCUGCUGCAGCGGAGCAGCAGCUGCAGCUGUUUGCUGCAGCAAUUGGGCGGUGGAUUGAAGGCAACUGGCACAGAGCCGACCCUGCUGUGCAGCAGCUGCUGCUGCAUUUCUUUGUUGACGCCUUGGGGCUGCAGCAGCUGCUGCUGCAUACAGUAGAGCGCCAGGUAAUACACAAGCAGCAGCAGCAGCAGCAGCAGGCGGCGCGGCAGCAGCUGCUGCUGCUGCUGAGGUGGAAGCGCCGCCUGGGACUGCAGCGAGUUGCUGCGCUAUUUGCUGCUGUGGGGUCCAUGCUCCUGCUGCUGCCGCCUCCAGAACAAGCAGCAGCAGCAGCAGAUCUGCUGCUCGCCAUGCAGCGCCUGCAGCUAGACGAGCGUGAGGCUGCUGCUGCUGCUGCACUUCAGGCCGCGGGCAUCGAAAGCAGCAGCAAAAACAGCAACAGCAAACGCAGCAGCAGCAGCAAAAGAAGCAGCAGCAAGAAGAGCAGCAGCAGCAACAAUAGCUGCAGCACCACCAACAACCUUGUAGAUGCACAGCCCUCAGCCCGUCUGCUGCAGUCUCUGCUGCAGCUGCUUGCUGCUGCGGAGCCGCCAGAGCCUUGCUCGCAGCACAAUCCAGAGGACGAGGUGCAGCAGCAGCAACAGCAGCAGCAACAGCAACAGCAGCAACAACACCAGCAGAAGUCGCUCUGGGGUUUGCUGGACUUGAGAACAGCAGCUCGUGCUGCAGUUGCUGCAAAGGAUUUGCUGCAGCAGCAGCAGCAGCAGCAAAUAUCGCGCGAAUCUGCAGCAGAGCUGCUGCAGCCUGCAGCUUCUGACUUGCUGCAGAGAUUGGAAGCUGCUGAUCAUGGAGUCCCUGCUGCUGCUGUUGCUGCUGCUGCAGCAACAGGCCCCACUGCAUACAAGGGCUUAGGCGGGGCAUCUGCUGCUGCUCUGACUGCUGCUGCUGCUGCGCUGCUGCGUCUGAGGCCUUGGCUGCCUGGAGAGCAAGCAAAAGCAGCAACAGCAGCAGCACAGCAAGUGCUGCUGCACCUUUGCAGCAUCACCACGCUGAAACAGCAGCACGAGCAGCAGCAAGCAACCCAGAUCGCUACCGCAGCAGCAGCGCUUCUUCGUGAGUUGCCACUGCUGCUGCAACGGGGAGCUGCUGCUGCUGCAGCCACAGGUGCAGCAGCUGCCGCUGCUGCACCUACAACGUCCGGGAUGCUGCUGCGUUCUCCUGAGAGCAGCAGAAUCUUUGCUGCUGCAGCAAAGCUGCUGCAAGACGCCCGUCGUUAUAUUCAUUUGCUGCAGUGGGGUCACCUGCUGUCUCUUGCUCAUGCUGCUGCUGCGGUAGGGCUGCAUGCAGCAGCAACAGUUGCUGCCGGGCCUGCAGCAGCAGCAGCAGCAGAUGCAUGCGAGGCCCUGACAGCAGCUGCAGCACUGCUGCGGCUCUGCUGCAGCAGGAUGCACUUCCCUGCUGCUGGUGCAGUGGUGGCUGCUGCAGCACCAUUGGGCAAGCUGUUUGCUGCCGUCGAAAAACUGCGGCCCAUUGCAGCAGCAGCAGCAGCAGCAGCAGCAGCAGAAGCAGCGCCAGAACAAGCAGCAGCAGCAACAGCAGCAGCACUAAGCAAUGUCCUAAAGGACAUCGACGCAACACGCAGCGCUUUGUCUGCUGCAGCGCAUGAGCUGGUGCUCUCCUCUGCUGGAGCAGAAGCAGCAGCAGCAGCGGCAGCUGCAGCAGCAGCAGAAGCGGAAGCAGAAGACGAUGCGAGCAUACUAGACAUCAAAUUGUUGGGUGCUGUUGCUUCUGCUGCUCCUGCUGAUUCUGCUUCUGCUGCUUCUAAGGGGGCUGAUGAGCUGUGGAAGGCAGCAACACAUGCGCUGCAGCAGCAGGCUGCAGCAGUAGCAGCAGCAGAUGCGUUAGCGUGGUGCGAUGCUGCUGCUGCUGCCAGCAGCACGGGGUUGCUGCAGCAGCGGUUUGAAGCAGCAGGAAGAACUGCCGUAGGGGCAGCAGCGGCAACAGCAGCAGCAGCAGCAGCAGCGACACCAGCACCAGCGGCAGGAAGAAAGGCAGAAAAGCGUGGUGCUGCUUCUGCUGCUUCUGCUGCUGCUGCUGCUGCUGCUGCGUGGCAUAGCUUGCAGCGAGCUCUACGGCUGUGGGAGGGACCCGCGGCACCGCGGCUGUCUGCUGCUCUUCGCCUCAUGAAAGGCAGCCGCCAUGCUGCUGCUGCUGCUGCUGCUGCCGCAGCAGAUGCGGAGGCUACAACCGCGGCCGACGCUGCACCUGGGGAGCUACCAGCAGCAACAACAGCAGCAGCAACAGCAACAGAAGCAGCAGUAACAGCAGCAAAAACAACAAGGUCUCUUGCAAACGACGCUGUCCUCUUCUGGCUUGCUGCAGAGCUUCUCGCAGCAGAAACACAGCAACAGCAGCAGCAGCAGCAGCAGCAAGACCCGGCAUUGACUGCUGCUCGUAGGCAGCUGCUGCAGGCCCUCCUCUCCACGGCGCGUGCAGCUGCACCCAAGAAGAAGACAGCAUCAACGGCUGCUGCUCGGCGUCUAGCUGUGCUGCUGCUGCUGCUGAUGGCGGCAAACCGCUUGGGGGCGUUUGAGGCCCUGCACUGGCAAUCGCUGCAGCAGCAGCAGCAGCAGCAGCAGCACGCAGCAGCAGAGGAGGAAGCGAAACUGCAACGCGAUCUGUUUCAGGUGCUGCUGCCUUCUCUGGCAGACAGUUUCUCUUCUCUCCUCUCGAGGCAGCAGGCGCAAGACCCAGAAGCAGCAGCAACAGCAGCAGCAGCAGCAGCUGCUGCUGCAGCAGCGCAGACGUUGCAUUUGCUGCGGCAGGCCCGGGCAACGCACGAGCCGCUGCUGCUGCAGUUAGCUGCAGUUAUUGACCGUGCAGCAGCAACAGCAGCAACAACAGCAACAACAGCAACAGCAGCAGAAGGCUCCCAAGCAGCAUUAUUUGCUGCUCUUAUGCGUGCGCUGCAGCUGCUGGCAGAUGCUGCAUGCAGCCAGGAGGCGGGAGGAGGCCUCACCGCUGUUGCUGCUGCUGCGCUGCGCCUCGCAGCGGUGUUGCAGCAGCAGCAGCAGCAGCAACCCCUGCCGCAGACCCUCCGCGUGCUCCGGCUCGCUAUCACUGCACAGUUUGCUUCCAGUGACGCACCAGAGCAGCAGCAGCAGCAGCAGCAGCAGCAACAGCAGCAGCAAGGACAUUACAGAGGGUGGGACGCAGCAGCUUCUGCUGCCUAUCGGGCGCUUCUGCAGCAGGCAGUCGAGGAAGCAGAGCCCAUGCUGCAGCAGCUGCAUGCAGCAGCAGCACGUGCUGCACCGCAUGCAGCAGCAGAUGCUCUUACAGAGGAGCUGCGGCAGCUGCAGGGGUGCGGCAUUCCUCUGCUGGGGGUGCUUGACAGUCUCAACAAGAUUCGCUUACUACACUGCAGCACAGGCAUGCACCAAGGAGACAGCAGAGGGAGAGACAAACAGCAGCAGCAGCAGCAGGGCGUGCUGCAGCGCGCUGUUGCGCCUAUUGCUGCUUCGUGCUGCAGCAAGCUGUUUGCUGCAGCAGACUGGCGGCUGCUGCUGAGCCGCGCCUUUGCUCUGGCGGGGGACGGCAGCCACCAGCUGUCUCCUCUUCACAAGGAGGUGAGUGCUGCCUUGCAUGCGCUGCGCCUCCCCCACACUAACGAAGCAUGGACAGAAGACGGCCUGCUGCUGGAUAUGCUGCUGCUGCAGCAGCAACAACAGCAGCAACAACAGCAGCAGCAACAGCAACAACAGCAGCAACAACAACAGAAGAAUCAGCAGCUAGCAAUAGAGGCGGACGGCCCGCUGCACUUCGUCUGGCGCUGCCCUGCACCGCAGCAGCAGCAGCAGCAGCAGCAGCAAUAUGGCCUGACAGCUUUAACGGCCCUGAAGAGGUUCUUGCUGCAGCAGUGCAGCACUCCCUUUGUUGCUGUCGACACCUGGCGCUGGGCAACGCUCAGCAGCAGCAAGGAAAAGCAGCAGUUCGUGCUGCAGCUGCUGCAGCAGCAAAACCAGCAGCAAAAGGACUUGCUGCAGCAGCAGCAAGACUAG